AUGUCCGGCAGGAGGACACUGCGGGUGUCUCAAGGGGUUACGAACGCGGCUGCGGCAAGUCGAUCGCAGCGUUCUCACGGCAUAGCAUCAGCUCAACUGACGGCUAGACUUAGCGGCAGGAUGGGAGGGGCGUUACUAGGCUCGGCUUCGACACCAGCCCUGGGGCGAAGUGCACACAACCACCAGAGCAUUCACGUCCCAAACCUCGAGGGAGGAGAUAACCCACUGCCCCCCCUCGGCGGCUGGGGAGGAGCGACCCCGCCACGGCCGAGGACUACCGCCGGCGCCUACGGACGCCCCUCGUCUUCCAACCCGGAAAUUGGGGCUGGAGAGAACGGCCGCCUCUUCACACCCCCAAAUGGUGGCGGUGGCGGAGAAGCGAACGGCCUACUCGACGACCGCGGCGCGGAUAUUCCCCUAGGGCUGUCCAAGCUCGACCGCGAAGACUUGGAGGUGUACGUUAACAUCGUUAGGGCCAACCUCGCAAGGCAAGCGAAGAAGGAACAGGCAGCCUCGGCUUCUCUGGUGGACGAUGAGACUGUUCAGGUAAACAAUAUCCCCCAGGUCGCCACGCAGAGCGACUUCCGAGCGCUCAUCAAGGCGCAAAACAUCCCCCAUCCUUCGUACGACAUCGACGGAGACGGAGUGGUCAGCCAGGAGGAUUACGCCCUCGCGAAGCGCUUCGACGUUAACGGGGACGGCGUGUUGGACGAGGCAGAGAAGGUCGUCGGACGUCGCAUCAUGACAGAAGUAUUCCUCGACAACCACAAGCACGACUUGCAUCUCUACGGACAGGGACUUGCGCAAAAGUCGAUAGCGGCAAACGUGGAAGACAUUUCUCGCAGCCGCGGUUUCAAGAAGAUCAUCGGCGGGCUCCGCGAGAAGGAGAAAAACUUCGUCAAUCAUGGCUCGGAUGGCGUAAGUGUACCAUCGAGUUAUUGUCCCUUUCAAAACCCCGCUCCUGGCAGACUCUCGCCCCUCGCACGCUCCAGUAUGGACUUGCCCUUCGCCUUUCGUCAGCGUGUGUAUCGACCAAGCAACCUCCCUCGUCGACGCCAAAACAACAUUGUCGAAACAUCCAACAGGAACGCCAUUGGCAUCAAACAUUAACGCUUCACCGUAAAAUUCUGGGGUGUGACCCCUUCAUCUGAGAAAGGCAAGACUGUGGAGGUACAAACGACGGUGGUAUUUUUUCUACGGAAGGCCUAGCCUUAGCAAU